UAUAUAACGAAUGGCCGAAGAAAAAAGAAGAAAAACCAAACAUAAUCUCUGGAAGAGAGAUCAAAGCUUGUUUACGAGACAGACGAAAGAAAAAGAUUUGCUAGGAUUCGAUCUGGUUCCCAAUAGAAUCCAAGGCAAAUUCGAAUUUAUAUAUAUCGAGUUUGGAGGGGUUGGUUGGUUUAAAUAUGAGCAUUAUAUGUGAGCUGAGUGACGAUUUGCUCGUGAAGAUACUGUCAUUGAUAGAGAAUACGAAAGAAGUUGUGGGUACGAGUCUUGUGUCAAAACGAUGGCGUUCUCUGUGGAAACUUGUUCCAAGGCUUGACGCGUCAAGUUCAGAUUUGAUCAACAACUUUCUGAUGCUAAGCAAGGCUCCAGUUCUAGAAACACUCAACCUCAGACUCGAUGAGAAUAGCUAUGACCCUGAAGAAAAUGAAAGAUGGGUUAGUAUCGCAGCAGCUAGACAGGUUCGUGAUCUCGAGCUUCUUCGUUACGGUUUCCGCCGCACUUCAUUGCUGCCGUGUCCUAGGAGUUUAUUUACAUGUAAAGGACUCGUGGUUUUAUGUCUCCAACAAGUGUCGAUUUGCGAUAUUCCUUCGACAGUAUUUCUCCAGACACUCAAGACUCUGUCCCUCGUAUGUGUCAAAUUCGUCUCUAGGGAUGGACUCGUUCAUAGGCUUUUAUCCGCUUGCCCUAUCCUCGAAACGCUGACUGUAUGUCGAUGGUCGGAAGACCGUGUGACAACCUUCGCAAUUGCGAUCCCGUCAUUGCAAAACUUGUACAUCAUGCAAAGACCAGAUAGCGAUGGGUUAAUAUAUGACUGCGAGUAUGUCGUUAAUGCUCCUGCUCUAAAGACCUUGAAAGUUUUGGAUAAAUUUGGUCACUUCCGUUCAUUAGUGAAAAUGCCUAAGCUGGUUAAGGCAGAAAUCAAGAUUAGACAAGAGGACUCCGAGAAGCUUAUGGGAUGUCUAACUUCAGCCAAACAUCUUUCCUUAUGUCUUACUUCAGGAGCCACGACGCCAAAAUCUUUUGAGUUUCUCUGUCAGGUCGAGUAUCUAGAGCUAUGCACUAAUUGCUCUUCAGAUUGGUUGUCUCUUGUACUAAGACAUUCCCCUAAACUGCGAGUUUUGAGGUUAAGUCGAAAAAACUGCGGCAUGUUCAGAGAGUGUGGGCCUCAGUGGGAUUUUGAAGCUCAAAGGGGUUUUGAAGUUCAAUGGGAGAAACCGUGUUGUGUUCCUGAAUGUUUGGUGUCUAGUCUCGAAAUUGUUGAGUGGAUUGGGUACAGAGGAACAGAAGCAGAGAAAGAAGCGGCGAUUUACAUUUUAGACAAGUCAAAACACCUAAAGAAGAUGACAUUAUACCGAAAAAUCACCAAUUUGAGGGAGAAAUACCGUACACUGAUAGACUUGAUGUCCAGGAUGAGUUGUGGUUGCACAUGUCGGCUUGAGUUUGUGCGCUUGUGAUUGGUUUCUUUCACUUCUUGCUUUUUAAUUCUUCUUAUGUCUAUGUCUUAUCUCAAACUUUGUAUUGUGAUAACCAAUCUCUGUAUUUUAUGGUUUGUUUUGGAUAUUUAAUUGGAUUUUUCUUUCAGCUAAACGAGUCGCAUCACAUUUCUCAGGAUGAAACUGAGCAUUGCGUUCUUCUGAUUAAACCAUCAGAAACUAAAGCAUAACCAAGCACGGUGAUCAAAUCCUUAGUAUCAGACAUUCUCUUGUAAAACAAAUAUAGUCAAAAACAAUAAUAAUAUGACACAUGUUUCCUGCCUGAAUUAUUGUGUUAUUCUUUUCUGAUUUACAAUGCUAUUAGUCAUUUACAAUGCAAGUGAUGACCCCAUUAACAAAUCUCAAAAUGGCAACAUAGAGAGGAAGAAGAUAGUGCAAAUAGGCUGAGUUAAGAUGGUGAUGAAGCAACCAGGAUCUGACAAAGAAGGCUUGUUUGUCUACUUGUUGUACCUCUUGGAUGGCCUUUUUGUUGCUUUUGGUUUGAUGACUCUCGGUUCUCGCCCAUAGUCUUCCAUAUCCAGGACAUCAUCUAAAUUGACCCUUGGGCACAGGUCACAGAUACCGGUUACUCCUGGCUUUGUAUCAAACUUGACCAACACUGUAUCAGACUUGACCACUUGCUCUACUGUAGCAGAAUAGCUUCUUGAGAGAACGAGACUUGAGGCAGCUUCGGAAGUGUAGAACCGGAGGCGAUGCUCCUCAACGCCAAAGUAUUCAGCCACAUCAUCCUAUAAAACAAAACGAUGGGUUUUUUUUUUGCUCAUUAAGAUACGGAUCUCAGUAAUAAAGAACACGAAGAAGUAUAACGUACGUGUACCUUAAAGCUUUCAAAGGUAGCUUCUUUAUGGGUUUUGAAUGUGCAACUUUUAUCAUGAUCGCUAUCAACACAAACCUUGAUCAUCAUAAGUGAUGCCUCGUCCAUUUCGUUUUCCUUCAGAUUCACCUGCCAAUUUAAAAAACAUAUCUAUCUAUCAUAACCUUAGCUAUACAAGCAUAUCAUCAAAUUCAAGAAAAGGGUCAGAGAGUUAAUACUGUGUUUUUGUCGACUCCUCCGACGAAAUUGUCCAAAGCUUCGUAAACAUCUUUACAAUUUUGAAGAUCAAGUUCCGAGCACGUAAAUUUGAUUAGACUCUCGUUCUCAUCCUUCCCAUGAAUCACGUAUCCACCCUCAAACACCUGUUCUUCUGUUUUCUGGAUCAUUGCGCCCAGGCAGCAUUUCGCUUGGUUAUCCAUACCUGUACACAUUAUCAAAGAAGAUUGAUACUUAGCAAAAAA